CUCCGACCUCGCCUUUUCCCAUUCGGUCUUUCUCUUCGCUCCCUCCCCUCGAGGCUCGUUUCGUUCGGUACAAUUCACUCGGCCAUCAUCAUGUUCCCCGCUCGAUUUGCCCGCGCUGGCCUGCGUGCCACGGCCCAGCAGUUCUCCGUCCCUCGCACUGCCGCCGUCAACGGCCUGAGGUCCUACGCUACCCCGGCCCAGGAAGUCAGGCCUCCCGUGGCCCUCUUCGGUGUUGACGGUACCUAUGCCACUGCUUUGUACACUGCCUCCGCCAAGUCCUCCGCCCUCGACCAGGUCGCCAAGGCCCUCGCCUCCCUCGGCCAGACCCUCAAGAACGACCGCAAGCUCACCACCAUCAUCGGCGCCCCGACCCUCACGACCGCCGACAAGCAGGAGGUCGUUAACGAGCUGCAGAAGCUCGCCGGCGGCUCUGAUAAGGGUGACAUCCUGAAAAACUUCCUCAACACUCUUGCCGAGAACAACCGGUUGGGUGCUCUUGAGGGUGUUUGCGAGAAGUUCGGUACUCUUAUGGGUGCGCACCGUGGUGAGCUUGAGUUGAAUAUCACCAGUGCUCAGGACCUCGACAACAAGACCAUCUCUCGUCUGGAGAAGGCCGUCACCAAGUCUGAGUACAGCCAGGGCAAGAAGCUCAAGGUUGUCACCAGCGUUAACCCUGACCUCAUUGGCGGUAUCAUCGUCGAGGUUGGCGACCGUACCAUCGACCUCAGCGUUUCUGCCAAGGUCGCCAAGCUCAACAAGGCUCUUACGGAUGCUGUGUAAAUUAGAUUUUAUGUACCGACUUAUUAUUUAUCAAAUUAAGCCGGCACCUUGAGUUGUCACGGUGCUUUUGAAUGAUGGAUAUAGAUUACUUCUAAAUGGAUUUUCUGUUCGUGUUACCAAGACCCGGGAUAUCUCAGCUAUACAUAAUACUCUUAAGAAGCCGAGAAAACAGUGAAUGUACUUCUACUACUCCCCG